UUUUUUAUUUUCUCAACAGAAUCACACACAAAAGGAGAUUUGUUUAAAGAUUCAUCAAAACAAAUGGAAAAGGAAAGAGAGAUGGAGAUGAUCAACAAGAUGGCAAGCUGCUUGAUUUUUCUGUCAAAGGCUCAACAACACGAGACCAAAAGCCGCGUUUUCGCUUGCAAGACAUGCAACAAGGAGUUCUCGUCGUUCCAAGCCUUAGGAGGACACCGAGCAAGCCACCGCAGAUCGGCCGCGCUUGAAGGCCACGCACCACCUUCUCCCAAGAGAGUCAAACCGGUGAAACACGAGUGUCCCAUAUGCGGUGCUGAGUUCGCCGUAGGGCAGGCCUUGGGUGGCCACAUGAGGAAGCAUCGAGGAGGAGGAGCUAGCCGGAGUUUAGCGCCAGAUCCGGUGACGAUGAAAAAAAACGGCGGCGGUAACGGAAAGAGGGUUUUAUGUUUGGAUUUGAACUUAACGCCGGUAGAGAAUGAAGAUUUGAAGUUGGAGCUUGGGAGGUUAAUUUUCUAAACUUUCAAAUUAUAUCUUCUUUUGUGCGUAUACUUGUGUAGAGUAAGGUUGUUUUAUUUUAUUUUAGGACUCUGGUAAUUUUUGUAUGAAAUAUGGUACCGUUAUUGUAUAGUUACAUAUAUAUAUAUAUAUAUAUA